ACAGGGGUAAGUAGUAACACGCAUUUUUUACCUAUAUAAUAGAACAAUUUUAUUUUUUUUUCAACUCAAACUUUUAUUCAAUGCUCAAUGCAUCAUAUAAGCACAGUCAGUAUCCCACUGGACGUCAUAGGAAGCGGCUGUGUGCAUGCGCUCUGAUAAGAAUGAGACACUACAAAAGAAAAACUGCACGUGCUACCCAAAGCCAAGAUGUUUUCGAAUUGGCCUCUGCUAAAGUCUUGGAAAAUAAGACCAAUCUACGAAAUGCUGCUAAGGAGUUUAAUUUAUGUCGUGUAUCGCUAUCUAGAUAUUUGAAAAAGAAGAAGAAUGGUAAACCUUUAUCAGUGGGCUAUGUCAAACCCAGAUUGGUUUUUCAAGAGGAAGAAGAAGCUAAAAUAUCUGAGUACUUGGUUAAUUGCUCCAAUAUUUACUUUGGAUUGUUGCCUUUGGAAGUCAGAAAAUUGGCAUACCAGUGUGCUAUUGUGAUUAAAGCGAAAAACCUACCUCCGUCAUGGCGUGAAAAUGAAUUAGCUGGAUCCGAUUGGUUCAAAAAUUUUAUGAAAAGGAAUCCAAGACUGUCUAUAAGGACCCCUGAAGCUACAUCUCUGAGCCGCGCAACAUCAUUCAAUAAAACCAACGUUCAAGAUUUUUUUGGGAAGCUUACAGAUGUUAUGGAUAAGUAUAAAUUUUCACCAUCACAUAUAUAUAACAUCGAUGAAACUGGAGUAACGACAGUCCAUAAACCAAAGAAAAUUGUGGCUCCACGAGGACAAAAACAAGUAGGGGCUAUUACUUCUGCGGAAAGAGGUACCCUCGUCACUCUAGCAUGUGCCAUUAAUGCCUCAGGAAACUCCAUACCGCCUAUGUUUGUGUUUCCAAGGCUCAGAUACACUGAUAUUUUUGUAAGAGGUGGACCGCCAGAAUGUAUUGGAGCCGGAAAUUCUUCUGGAUGGAUGACGGAAAAAGAAUUUAUUUUAUUUCUAGACCAUUUCAUCAAGUAUGUCAAACCUUCGGCGCAAGAACCUGUCCUCCUAUUACUUGACAACCAUCAUUCACAUGUUAACAUCGCCGUCGUGAAAAAAGCUAAGGAAAAUCACGUUAUCAUGCUAUCGUUUCCUCCCCACUGUUCACAUAAUCUGCAGCCGUUGGAUGUUGGAGUUUACGGUCCGUUCAAAAACUACUUAAGCCGAACACAAACAGCAUGGAUGCAUAACAACCCAGGGAAAACGAUGACUAUUUAUGAUAUUCCUGGAAUCGUUAAGGAUUCUUUGCCAUUAGCAAUUAAUCCUUCAAAUAUAAUGAAUGGAUUUAAAGCCACAUGCAUAUGGCCUCUGAAUGCAGAUAUUUUUAAAGACUAUCAUUUUGCACCAUCUUAUUUUACGGAUCGGCCAAAUCCUGCAAGCAAGGAAUCUGAAACAGAUAUGAACAUUACUGCCCCUAGCUUGACAACAAAUCUUUCUUAUACAGGAUCAUUCGAUAAUUGUUCUUUAGAUAUAAGUGUCAGUGAAAUCAUAAAUUCUCUGGAAAAUUGUGACCCAAUAACUUCAAACUUUACCAAAUAGGACACUUUAUUUAAAACAGAUGUACGUGGAGGUAUAUCUGACUUUGAGCCGACUCCUGGACCUUCUGGCCUUCAAAAGAUUAAAGAUUUCUCUCCAUCUAAAAUAAGACCUUACCCGAAAGCACCACCACGAAAAUUGACUAACCGCCCUCAACGAAAAAGAAAGUGCUGUGUCCUCACAGAAACGCCAGAGAAGAACGAAUUACAAAACGAAUAUGAAGAAAAGUUAAAUAAGAUAAAGAAAAAACAAGAGACGAAAAAUAAGAAAAGCAACGGGAAAA